ACACUUGCGCGCACAUUCUUCUCUUCGCGGUGCUAUACCAUUACAUGGAGCGCCGGCGUAUGAUCAAGAAUUAUCCUCGGACAUGAAGAAGACCGUGCGAGCGCAUGAGUACCAAAUGAGUACUUAUAGGGAUAGGGGAACGAGUGGCACAGCUUCGAGCUUCGAGCACAGGUCGUUGACAACCGGACGCUUGGCACGUACCCGUCUUCUCCAGAUAUAUAUACUUGAAGAUUCCGAGCCCAACUCACAACUUAUAUCUUACCAGCUUUUACAAGAAUCCUCUCCUCCACGAACAUCAACAUGGCUGAAAAGCUCGGCGGCAGCAGCUAUAGCUACUCCUUACCAACGUCCCAGCAAGUGCAGGCGAACCCCCACCUCGGCAGCGCCAAGAUCGCGGGGGCCUUCGAGGGCGUGCAGUACAAGAUCGACAACCGCGACAGCAACACGAUGCUCUACAUGCAGCUGCAGCCGAGAUACGAGAUGCUCACGAAGCCAGGUACGCUCGUCUCGAUGGAGGCGGGUGUGCAGGUCAAGGGCAAGAUGAACUUCACCUUCAAGAAGCUCUUCACCGGCGGAGAGAUGACCUUCGCGCACUUCUACGGACCCGGAGAGGUUGUGGUCGCACCCGUGACAUGGGGCGACGUCGCGCAGAUAUCCAUGGACGGUAGCACGCCAUGGCGCUACGGGAAGCAUGCGUUCCUCGCGUGUACGCCUGGCAUACAGAUGACUACAAAGGCGCAAAGCUUUGGUAAAAUGCUCUUCUCCGGCAAUGGCCUAUUCGUGGGUGAGGCGCAUGGCACCGGGAUUCUCUUCGUGCACGGCAUGGGCGCCGUGAUCGCACGCGAGCUGCAGCCGGGCGAGCAGUGGAUCGUGAACAACGACCACCUCGUCGCGUGGAACUGCAAGUAUAGCAUGGAGAGGAUUCAGGCGGGCGGCGUCGUCUCGAUGCUCCAGACCGAUGAGGGCGUGGUCUGCAGGUGCACCGGUCCGGGUACGGUGUACAUCCAGUCGAGGAGCCCGCAGCACCUGAUAGGCUGGAUCAACAACAAUUUGGCGACAGGCGGGUGAUCCUGAAAGGUCGAGGGCGUUGGGG